UUAAUCAUCCAAUAAUAUCCUAGUUCAUAAAAACAAUUCUUUCGCUUUAGUCAUUUAAACCUUCUACAAUGAAAGCCUUCACUGCUAUUACUUCCCUCGCUUUAUUAGCCUCUAAAGCCGUUGCUGAAUUACAAAACGUUAGUUUAUAUGUCGUUUCUGAUGACCAAUCUAUUAAUGGCUCAGGUAUUUCUGCUCCUCAUGAAGGUGCCGGUAUCAAUUAUGUUUUCGUUGGUACCGAUGGUGGCUACUUAGGAACUACCCCAACCAUCCCAUUCGUUUACAAUACCACUUCCGGUACUUUAUUCUGGGAAGUUCAACCAGCAUUUAACCAAUUCUUUGGUGUUUACGAAAACAUUUAUUCUGAAAACCAAGACUUCGGUGUUGUACAAGUAUCUGUUAUUGUUAAUGGUACUGGUGUUACUUUUGAAAAUGGUUUCUUAGCUUUAGAUGGUUCUACUGGUGGUUUCUAUGCAUUAGGUAACAUCUCCGAUCCAUACAACUACUCUAAGCAAAGUUUAGCUGUUGUUAGAAACCUUUCUGCUUCCCCAGAAGGUGCCAUUCCAAUUUCUCUUACUGCUGUUAUUGGUGGUUCUUCAUCAACUAGUGCCGCUCCAAGUACUACUGCAUCUUCAUCUGUUGAAACUUUCUACACUAACUCAACUACUCUUGAAACAUCUACUUCUGCUAAGGAAACAACUACUAGUAUUGCUACUAUUUCUUCAGGUGCUGCUGCCGCUGGUGCCAUUGCUCAAGGUUCCUUUGCCGGUCUUGCCGCCUUAGCUGCUGGUUUAUUACUUUAAUUGUUUUAAGUUCCUAUUUGUAUCCCAAUUUCAGCAUUUUAUUCGUUUACGUUUUGCAUUUUUCUAAUUCAUCUUUUAUUUUGUUAAUGUCGUUUUUUAUCUUUAUUUUCUUAAUAGUACAUAGCUAUUUCAAAAAAGGAAAAAGUUCCAUUUCUGUGAGUUUUACAAAAUAUCUCCUGUAACUUUAUCAUUAUAUCGUGUUUUCUUAAUUAUUAAUAUAUAUUAAAGUUUUAAACU